AUGAUGGAAACAAAAAAGAAAAAAAAUGAAAAGGGGACAGAAAGAAGAAAAACUUAUUUUGUCUGUCCCUUUUAGUAAAUCAAUCAAUUAAAAAAAUAAAUUUAAAAAACCCAAAGCCUUCUGCCAGUUUGGCAUACAGUAAGAGAAGAUUGGAAAAGAAAGAACAAAAAUGUACAAUUACAAACAUCAACCAGUGUGAAAUGAACACUAUAUUUCAGGGAUGGGUAGUUGUUAUUGAAGAUAGAUUUGUAGUCAUUGAUUAAACUGUUUUCAAUCUUGUUUUUAAAACUUGAUUGUGUUGUGGUGUUUUAAAUCCAUUUAUUUACUCCAUAUACUGAUACGCAUUGCUUCUUCAGAAGUAUUCUGAGUUUUGGUUUAAUAAAUAUUUCAUGCCCUUUUAUAUUCAAUUUGCCUUUUCUUUUCAUGUAUCUUUUCAUUAAAUUAGGAGGAAGGCAUUUCAUAUUUACACUAUACGUAUAUUUUAAAUUACUAAAAUUAACAAGAUCAUAAAUUGUAGUCAUUUUUAUUUUAUUUACCUGAUUUUCAAGUUAGCUUUUCAUCUAUAAUAACUCCUAAUGUUACUUCUUUUGCUCUUGAUAUUAAUAUCAUCUAUGUUAAACUGAACUGUAUUGUUUGUAUUUUUAGUAGUAAAUGUCAUAAAAAAAAACAAUUUGUCACCAUUUAAUAAUAGUUUAUUUCCGUCAAACCCCAAUUUAAUUUUUUUUAACUCACCACGUCCAUCAUAUGUUCAAUAUUGUCUUCUGUAUGAUAAAAGGUUGUGUCAUCUGCAAAUAAAAUGGAAUUUAAUAUUUUGGAUAUUGAGGUUAAAUCAUUUAUAUAGAUAAUAAAAUAAAUAUUGUUGUAAGGUACUAUUUACAUAACAUCGUACAACACAUUCACACAUUCGGAACUGCCAUUCAAGGUGCUAACCUGACCAAAUGGGAGGGUUUAGUGGAUUGCUCAAGAACAUGAGCAGGCAGAGCGGGAACUGAACCUGCAACUUUCCCAGCUACCUCUGCACCGAGGUUUUUAGAGAGCAGUCAUAGGAUAUUUCUUUUUUCCCAACGUUCUGGAUCACUCCAACGAGCCAUCAAUCCCAUCUCUACUUUUCCACCCAGACAAGCUUCACAGGAAGAACUUUGUGUUCUUCCAUUUUGGGCUUUAGUUUCAUUCUCACUCAGCCAAAGGCGAGUUCAACCGGUGUCUCCUCUAGAAAACAACUUUUACAGUUGUGCUCGUAGAUGUGAUAAUAUUACAAAACACAUUUUUGUCUAUUGUUGAGUUGAGCUUUGGGCAUAUUUUCUGCAGGAUUUUGUUUCAACUUGAACUUUUACUGCAGUUUCAGAUUAGAGUGUUCACAAGUUUCUAAUCUUGGUUCAUUCCAUGAGAAUAAAGGAAAGACUAAAUGUGUGGUGGUUCUGUAAUUAGGAAAAACACAGGUUUAGUUUUUUUCCUCCACAAAAAAAAAAAAAGAAAAAAAAAACGUCUACGUUACAGCUCUUAUCUAAUAGUUUUGCUGCUGGGUGUGGUUUUAACAGAACAUUUUUUCAUAUUGGGUUUUGCUUUCACUUCUUUCACACUUGCAACUCAGCCACGGAAUAGAGAGGUUCAACUGGCUCCUUUCCAGGAGGAAAGAUGAAGUCGCCCAGCUGUGUUUACGACAACUACGAUGUCAUUGAGAAUAAGCUGCUGCCUGCUCUUUAUACCAUCACGUUCAUCAUUGGAUUUGUGGGUAAUGCUUGGGGGCUGAAGCUGCUGCUGCAGAAAUGGCAGAAACUGGGAAACAUAAACAUUUUCGUUCUCAAUCUCGGACUUUCCAACGUCUUGUACCUGUUCACUCUUCCCUUUUUGAUGGUGUACUACUUCACCGGAAGGAAAUGGAUUUUUGGAGGCGUUUUCUGCAAGAUGACAAGAUUCUGCUUCAACUUGAACUUGUAUUGCAGCAUCGGCUUCCUCACCUGUAUUAGUGUGUACAGGUACCUGGCCAUCGUCCAUCCUCUGAGAAUGAUGGGAAGACUAACUGUGACUCGUUCAGUGGCGAUCUCAGUCCUCGUUUGGGUUUUGGUGAGUGUUCAAAGUAUACCAGACAUCUUUUUUCCAAAAACGAUGAAUGGCACAGAUAAGUGUUUUCACUCCACAUCCUUUGAAAAGGCUGACUAUUACCUAAAAUACAGCCUUGUAUGGACAACUACUGGAUUUUGUAUCCCGUUACUCAUCAUCCUGGGGUGCUACGGACAUGUGGCUGUUGUUCUUUGUCGCAGGAAUACGAUCGAGAAGACACUGAAGCAAAAGUCUGUGAAAUUUCUUUUUAUCUUGAUUCUUCUUUUCUCCGUCUGUUAUAUCCCCUAUCACAUCUUUUGGAACUUAAGUCUCUAUUCUAGAGCUCUAAGCAAACAGGAAAUCUGUGUUUGGUGGGAUAAACGCGUAUUCACUGGUCAUCAGAUCAGCCGGGGGCUCGUGUGUCUGAACAGCGCCCUCAAUCCUCUGGUUUAUCUUCAGAUGACGGAACAUAUUGUAUCUCACAUCCGACAACUUCCACAACAAGUUCGCAAGCUUUUCCGUCGUGUGAACGUGUGCAGCAGCAACACCUUAGCUGUAUCAAAAACUGAGGAAGAAGCUCUGGAACAAAGUACAAUACCUACCUCAGGAUCUGCAUAAACAUUUUUGACAUGUUUCAAAUUGUGCAAAUAUUUUGUUCAAGACGAAAUCUAUUUGUAUUUACAUGGCAAAAACCUAUUAACUGCCUUUUUUAAAUAAAUGUGUUGUUUCUGUGACUAAGUAAAUGUAUUUUAUACUCUGUUAAUCAUAACGUGAACUAAUCUAAUCAUGUUGCACAGGUUUAAAUGGGUUUUUUUAUGUCUUUUGAGGAAAAACAAAUUAUUCAUUUCAAACCUAUGUUUUUAGUAGAAGGUUAAAUGCAAAUACAUGGUUUUGAAAACAGAAUAUUGUGUAGGAAACGUGUCAAAGUCAAGUCCUGGAUCCGACCUGCGGGCUAAUUAUAUCCAAUCAUUUUAUUAUUAUUAUUAACGGCUAACUGUUAUCUUGCUAACAUAUUGAAGCAACACUACGAUUGUGGAGGCUGAGAGAUCAGUUAUAAUGACUUUUAACAUAACAGGAUAAAACAAAUAAAGGCAAAACAGAAUAAAACAGCCAGACAACAAAAACAUUGACAAAACCCACUUCUAAACCCCAAUCCACCCAGAAAGGCAAAGGGAACGAUAUCCCACAACUCCUUGCGCUGCCAGAUCUGGCAGAAGGUCCAAUGUGUCUGGGACCAUCACUACAAUAUUGACUACAAAUCCCAUCAUACAGUGCGUCAGCUGACUUGCCAAACGCCAGUGUAGUCAGAAUAGUCAAUUUCCUAAUAUAUAAUUUUGACAAUUUUUUAUGGAGAGAAACACCUUGGGAUAUUUUUAAGUUUAUUUUUUUAUAAAAGAUGUUAUA